UGAUUGUUGGAGUUCUAACUUCUAAGAAGUUUUUUCUACUAAUGGCGACUGAAUCUGCUUCGACUUCAAACGCUAUUCCUAUACAUGGUGUGAACCCUUCUGCAUCUUCUCAAUUCACGUACUCGAACGGUUCUUAUUUCCCUCUACCAUUUCACCUUCAACAAUCAGACCCCAUGGCCAUCCAGCAGUACCCUAACCCAUACAUUCCUCCACUUCCGACGGUGCAAAUCCCUCCACCGGUCAAAGUCCUCCCUGCUCCGGUUAUCUCUUCUGUGUAUUCGGUUCCUGCGCUCGUCGUCUCCGGUGUGUAUUCGCUCCCACAGUAUCAGCAGGCCCAACAGUUAUUUCAGAGGGAUGCACACACAAUUACACCAGAAGCUCUUGAGAGUGUGAAAGCUGCACUUGCAAGCAGUGAGAUUGAGAACAAGUCGGAGACCAAGAAGAAAGUGAUACCUCGUAAAGCUGCUGGUCAAACUUGGGAUGAUCCAACCCUUGCAGAGUGGCCAGAGAAUGAUUUUCGCUUGUUUUGUGGGGAUCUUGGUAAUGAAGUGAAUGAUGAGGUUCUUUCAAAAGCAUUUUCAAGAUUUCCUUCCUUUAACAUGGCAAGGGUGGUUAGAGAUAAGCGGACUGGCAAAACCCGAGGUUAUGGAUUUGUUAGCUUUGCCAAACCUUCAGACCUUGCAGCGGCAUUGAAAGAAAUUAAUGGUAAAUAUGUCGGAAACCGCCCAAUCAAACUUCGUAAGAGCACCUGGAAGGAGAGGACUGAUUAUGAAGCUCUGGAGAGGCAAAAGCAGAACCAGACUAAAAAGAAACCAAAGAUGCCAAAGAAGAGUAUCUUGCACAAGUGAAUCUGAUGAACAUGUGGACCUAUUGA